AUGCCGGCCAACGUUGCCGAAGCCUUGCCCACUGCCCCCGAUGGCUCCGUGCGGGAUCUAACGGUUUUGGGCCGGGAGGUCCGUAACGGUCGCGAGACGUACCGCUUGCGCCACGAAGCCACCAGCGAACCCUUGUUCUGUGGCCUGGUCAAGCGUCAGGCCCCCGACUCGGUGGCGACGUCGGCCCUGGAGCAAUUGGCGGCCGACCCGACCCCGGCGGCCGCCAUGCCCGCCGCCCUGACUUCCUACGAGACGGUGUGCUUGGUUGCCACUGCCGACCCGGCCAUGGCCAACCCCCUCGACUUGGCCGUCGACAACGAUGAUGGCGGCGUCAACGAAAAGGCGCCCCGCCAUGAAAAUGCAGCGGCCGCCCCCACCGAUGCCGUUGAGUGGGCCUCCGUCGAUCGUGGUGUUCCCAUGCUGUUGGACAAGAACACCCGUGCCCGCUUCGAGGCCCGCCUGCUUGGCGCCUUUGACGAGCGCCCUUCCUCGGCCUCGGCCUUGUUUGAGACGCUGUUGCCACCGGACGUCAUUGGCCGCAUUGUCGAUGCCACCGCGGCCCGCAUGGGCUCCAAGCUUGGCAAGGAAGAGUUUAUGGCCUUCCUCGGUGCCAUGCUCAUUUGCGCCAGCGAUGCUCGUCCCCGCGCCGAGCUCUGGAAGUCGGGCCAUGAGCUGCGUCCCACCCCGGCUCUCUCCAAGUACAUGUCCCGCCGUCGCUUUGACACCAUCGCCUCGGCCGUCUCCCUGGCCCGGGGUGCCGGUGACCUGCCCGCCGUUCGCCAGCUGGUCUCCCGCUUCAACGACCACAUGCUCUCCGUCUUCCGUCCCUCGGACACGGUUGGCUUGGACGAGGACAUGCUCAAGCGCACUUCGGCCGCCAUGCCCGCGCGCUCCUACGUGCCCCUGACCCUCGCCCCAUCUGGCGAUGAGUACCGUGCCCUCGUCGACCAAGAUUCCUGCGUUCUCUUCCGCAUGGAGCUCAUUGAGGAUCCCGACCGCGAGCCCACCCUCCUCCGCCCUGCCUUUGAAGACGAAUGCGGCAAGUCGGACAGCGUCCUGCUCCGCAUGGCCGAGCCCUUGCACGGUACCGGCUCGGUCAUCGCCAUUGACAACGACUGCUGCGUUGUGGAUACCAUCAUGGACCUCGCCGCCAAGGGCGUCUACGCCGUGGCCCCCGUCGAGAAGCGCCAGCGCUGGCCACGCCACCUCACCGACAUGGAUGCCGUCACGGCCCACACCGCCCAGCAGCCCGUCGGCACCCUUGUCGCCCGCGAAGGCACCUGGCGCCCGUCCUCUCGCAAGCUCGGCCACUUUGCCGUCAACUACGGCAAGUCGGUCCGCAGCCUGAUCUCCACCUACGGCAGCCAUCACUGCGGUCGCCAAAUGGCCCACGUGCGCUCCAAUGGCCAGGUCAUCGAGUUCCAGCGCAACGCCCCCUUUGAAGAUCACUACGCUGCCCGCUUCGCCGUGGACCUCCACAACACCCUCCACCGUGCUCAGCGCGGCGACUUGGAACGCGCUUGGGCUUCCCGCCGUUGGCAAGUACGCCAGCUGGCGCUCGUCCUCAGCGUCACCGUUGUCAACGCCUUCUUGAUUGGCAACAAGUUUGGCCUCGUGACCAGUGCCAACAUUAACGAGUUCCGCUUCCAGCUCGCCUCGGAACUCCUCCGCGCCUGGCGUAAGCGCAAGAAAGCCUCGCGCAAGGGCAAGCGCACCAGCACUGGUGGUGAGGGCCGCCUGCCCCGUCUCCUCAUGCAUGAGGGUGGUCAAGCCGCCAAGCGCGCCAAGAAGAGGCAGCAAGAGCAACCGGAAGACAUUCAUGGCUGCCAACUGUUCCAGCCCCAUCGCGAGGCCUUUAUGCAUCCCCCUUUUGAUCGCCAGGACAAGACGGGCGGAAGAGUGACGGCGACCAUGGCCGUACCCAAGCAAAGAAGAGGCAGAAGAGCGGAACACACGAUCAACCCAGCCGACGCCAGCGAGCCCAAUGGUCCGGAAGCUGGCCAGCGCCAGCGAUGGGCCUGGUAUGGCCUCUUUGGGCUGCUGGCGGUCGGCUGCCUGCUUCUUGGCGUCGGGCGCAAUGAUGAUAAAGGUAUCAGGGCAAAGGACAUGCACUCUGUCAUGGCCAACGCUCCGGCAUACGCCGACGUACCCGUGCGGUCCUCAAUCAAAUCGCUGGAACAGCUCCUGGCCGCCAUUCGCAACGCAAAGGCACCGCAGGUUCUCCGUACCGAGUUGGUCAAUGGCUGGCCGGCGCGCCACUGGACCUUGCCUCAAUGGCAACAGCACCUGGGUCACAUUCAUGGUGGCUAUGCCCACGAUGCCCACCCGCUCUUUGGCCCGUAUUAUGACUCCAGCAAGCCGCUCGCCCCCUGGGCACACCCCAUCAACAACUACAGCGAUACUUGGCACGGUCCAGCCGAUGCGCUUCUACAGUCCACCGUGGCGGAUCCGAUCGCAAAGCCUCCGUUUCUGUAUCUCAGUCAAGAGCUUGAGCAACUACCUAUCGACCUUUAUCCUGCCCUACCAGGUCUGGAGGCCUUGCUGGUGCUGGCACCCGAGCGCAGCAGCAUAAACCUCUGGCUUGGCCAGCCCGGCGUUACCGCGCACUGCCAUUACGCGGUUAUCAUAACCUCUACGCCCAGUUCAUGGACGCAAAACGUUCUGGCUCAUCGACCCUCGGGCCCAUGCCAACCUCACGGUAUUUCCCUUUUUACACCAGUCAUGCGCAAUGUGGCCGAGCCCUGGAUAUUGGCGAUCAAGCCACCAACGUUGCGACGCGCUGGUUUUGCCCAGGCCGUGACGCUUGAGGCUGGUGAUUUGCUAUACCUACCGCCGUUGUGGUUUCACCACGUGCAUGCCCAAGGCUUUGUGGCCCUGCCCGCCGAUGCGCCAAGUCGCCUUCGCUGGCUCUGGACCAUCAUCACCGAGGUACUACGAUUGCUUCCCGACAUGCACCAUCGGGCGCAUGAUUUUGUGCACAACGUCUGGCGUACCCGGUACAACGCGCCGUUAUUUCGCGUCUCGCGACGUGGCACGCUAUCACCCGCCCAAAUUGCCGAGUACCAAGCCUGGGGCGCGUUGCCGUCGUCGGUCCUAUGUGCAUCCCCCCACCCUACGGCCAACGAAGCACGCACGGCGCAGCAGAUAGCAGCAGCCUGGCAGCGCAUGCCGGCUAAUACACUGGACCUCUGGCUGGGCAAUUGGGUCGAGUUGCUCAUCUUUUUGCUGGCCAACGGUGACGCCGGUCUUGUACCGCCUUUGCUGGAGACGCUGGCUGUUGGCUGCCGAGAAUCAGCCUAG